AUGGACCGCACCGGUAGAGGCGGGGGUCUUGCACUAUUUUGGCGUAAUUCCUUACAUUGUCAACUUGUUGAUUUUUCGAGUAAUCAUAUUAUUGUUGAGAUAAAUGAUGUUGUUCUUGGUACUUGGAGACUUACCGGUUAUUAUGGCUAUCCUAACGGAGGUCGUAGAACUGCCGCUUGGAAUUUUCUUCGACAACUUUCUCAUCAAUUUACAGGUCCUUGGUGUAUCUUUGGCGAUUUUAAUGAUAUCCUUGAUGCAAGUGAGAAAAGGGGGCGCACCACUAGACCUCUGUGGCUUAUAAACGGGUUUCGUCAAGCUGUUAUUGAUUCAGGUUUGUCUGAUGUUCCAAUUGAAGGUUAUCCAUUUACUUGGUUCAAAAGUCUAGGCACUCCGCGUGCCGUGGAAGAAAGAUUAGAUCGUGCGCUUGCUAACAAUUUGUGGUUUAAUAUCUUUCUUAAUGCUACUGUUGAAACUUUGGUAGCACCUGCUUCUGAUCAUUAUCCCAUAUAUGUAAAUGUUGCUCCUACUCCUCGGCCUCAUGUCUUUAAACGCCAUUUUCGUUACGAAAAUGCAUGGCAUCUUGAACCGGGUUUUAAGGAUCUUGUUACUAACUCUUGGCAGGAAUAUUCUACCCAUACUAUUAUUUCGAAGCUUUCCUCUUGCGCGGAAGUCAUGUCUGUUUGGAAAAAAUCACAUUGUCAUAAAUUAAAAACUGAUAUUGAAGAUUGUCGCAAACAAUUGCAGAAAACUCGGUUAGGAUCUGCUGGUGAGGACCAAGUUCGCAUGUUCGAGCUAAGGAAAAGAAUGCAACGGCUGCUGUCCCAAGAUGAUGCUUAUUGGCGUCAACGCGCAAAAACCCAUUGGUAUAAGGAUGGCGACCGUAAUACCAAGUUUUCUCACGCUUCGGCUACGGCUCGAAAGAAGGUAAAUCGUAUAACUUCUCUUGAUGAUGAUGCGGGUAAUAAAAUUACUAAUGAGCAGGAUAUGCAAGAAGUGGCAAGGCAAUAUUUUGUAAAUAUUUUUCAACAACAGAAUAGUGAUUCUUCUUCCGUUAUUGAUGUUAUUAAUCCAUCUGUUUCUGAUAAUGACAAUGAAAUGCUCACGGCCCCUAUCUCUAAGGUAGAGUUUAAGGAUGCUAUCUUCUCUAUGCAUCCAGAUACGGGACAAUUUUCCCCAGAUUUGAAUAUUACUAACAUUGCCCUUAUCCCAAAAGGUUCUACGCAGGUUAGCAUGAAGGACUGGCGCCCUAUAGCACUUUGUAAUGUGUUAUACAAAAUCAUUUCGAAAGUGUUAGCAAAUCGGUUGAAGAAAGUGCUGCCUAAAUGCAUUUCCGACAAUCAAUCCGCCUUCGUCCCAGAACGCUCGAUUUUAGAUAAUGCUAUGGUAGCAAUUGAGGUCGGUCCUAUUAUUCCAGGGCGGGGUCUCCGUCAAGGGGAUCCUCUCUCUCCGUACUUGAUUAUUAUUUGUGCAGAAGGUUUAUCUUCGCUUAUCAGAGAUGCCGAGACAAGAGGUGUCCUCACCGGUACAAAGGUAUGUCGUCAAGCACCGUCAGUUUCUCAUCUUUUAUUCGCUGAUGAUUGUUAUCUCUUUUUCAAAGCUAACGAGGAUCAAGCACAUGUUAUGAAGCAUAUUCUAUCCACUUAUGAAUUAGCUUCUGGUCAAGCGAUCAGUUUACCAAAGUCUGAAAUAUAUUGCAGUCGUAAUGUUCCUGAUGACCUCAAAGCUAACAUUACAGAUAUUCUCGGCGUCCAACUUGUGCUGGGCAUAGGUAAAUAUUUGGGCUUACCUUCUAUGAUAGGUCGAGAUCGAAAUGCUACUUUUGCUUACAUCAAGGAUCGUGUUUGGCAGAAAAUCAAUUCCUGGAGUUGUAAGUGUCUCUCUAAAGUAGGUCGAGAGGUCAUGAUAAAAUCUGUUUUGCAGGCUAUUCCUUCUUAUGCGAUGAGUAUCUUUCAACUUCCCACUACCUUACUAGACUCCAUUGAAAAGAUGAUGAACUCCUUCUGGUGGGGCAACGGUAAAACAACACAAAGAGGAAUUCAUUGGAUGAAUUGGGAGAAGCUUUCAGCACCAAAGAUUCACGGAGCUCGUUACUUCCCCUCUAGCUCCUAUCUCACGGCCACUGUUGGGCACAACCCCAGCUAUGUUUGGCACAGCAUCAUGCGUGCUAGAUUUAUUGUGCGUGGGGGCGCUAGAUGGAGUGUAGGCUCAGGCGCGACUAUUCCUAUUCUUAAUGAACCAUGGCUGCCAAAUGGGGAGUUUAUUAGUAGUGAUAUUCCAGGUGCUCACUUUGUUCGUAAUUUUACCGUUAACAGCUUGAUGAAUUUAUAUGAAAAAACCUGGAAUGAACAGGUGGUUAGAAAAGUUUUUAGUGAUGAUAUAGCAAACAAAAUACUACAUACGCCAUUGAUUUCUCAAGUUGACGAGGAUAGAAUUAUAUGGAAAGCGGAAAGGCACGGACGUUACUCUGUUCGUAGUGCUUACAGGUCUUUGGGGUUCGGUGCAACACGCCCUUCUACCACUGCCUCAGCUUCGGAAGCUAUAUUUUAUCUGUUAGAGACUUUGUCGGUUGAAUUAAAACAACGUAUGCCAUCUGUAUUAUGGAGUAUAUGGAAGCACCGCAAUCUCAGAGUGUGGGAUGAUGUAACAGAAACAAGUGCAACGGUUGUUGAGCGUGCUAGAAACAUGCUUACAGACUGGCAACUGGCCAAUGCUCCAGAUGUUCUUGUAUCUAGAUCGAAUCAUCAACCAACAACGGCCUCCACCUCUCAACAACACCGAAUCACGUGGCAGCCUCCCGUGUCCGGAAGAUACAAAUGUAACAUCGAUGCGGCCUUCUCUUCUCACGUCAACCGUACAUGUAUUGGUAUUUGUGUUCGCGAUGCAGAAGGUACGUUUGUUCUGGCUAAGACUAUGACAUACCCUUGUACUGUUCCGGUGGAAGUGGGUGAAGCUUUAGGGCUGCACUUUGCUUUGCAAUGGUUGAGUGAUAUGCAGUUUGACAAUCUGGAUUUCGAAACAGACUCUAAGUUGACAGCUGAAGCCUUCCGUUCUACUAGAAACGACUUGUCCGAAUUUGGAUGCAUUAUUUCCUCCUGUCGUUCUUUGUUCAGUACUUUCUUUUCUAACUCUAGGGUGGAGUUUGUUAGGCGACAAGCCUACGUGGUUGCUCAUGCUCUUGCAAGGGAGGCCACAUCUGCUGAAAUCUAUAGAUUUCAAGGCAUUUGGGUUGCCUCCAUCACACCGGUGGUUCUGUUUGUACGUAUUCAAAAAAACGGUGUUGUUGCCUUUCCGGUGGGUAGCCAUGCCGUGUCAGUUGGGCCAGAAAUGGAUGUGUACGAACUUGUUAUUGUGUUGGCAGUUGGAUUGAGUUGUAUCACCAUUGGAAAUCGGCAUUCGCUAUUUGACUUGGACUAUGGGGCUCGAAAGAGCGUUUUAGCUUGCUAUGAUAUGCAGGGAGUUUAUGGUACAUGGACCUGCUUUCGUGUUGACGGACGGUCCACUCACCGCAAUGAUGACCUUUGA